UCAUGAUACUUACACAGCCAUGAUACUUACACAGCCAUGAUACUGACAUAUAAACCCUACACAGCCAUGAUACCAACAUAUAAACCCUACACAGCCAUGAUUCUUACACAUAAACCCUACACAGCCAUGAUACUGACAUAUAAACCCUACACAGCCAUGAUACUUACACAGCCAUGAUACUGACAUAUAAACCCUACACAGCCAUGAUACCAACAUAUAAACCCUACACAGCCAUGAUUCUAACACAUAAACCCUACACAACCAUGAUACUUACAUAUAAACCUGACACAGACAUGAUACUUACAUAUAAACCCUACACAGCCAUGAUACUGACAUAUAAACCCUACACAACCAUGAUACUUACAUAUAAACCCUACACAGCCAUGAUACCAACAUAUAAACCCUACACAACCAUGAUACUUACAUAUAAACCCUACACAGCCAUGAUACCAACAUAUUAACCCUAAACAGCCAUGAUACUGACAUAUAAACCCUACACAACCAUGAUACCAACAUAUAAACCCUACACAGCCAUGAUACCAACAUAUAAACCCUACACAGCCAUGAUUCUUACACAUAAACCCUACACAACCAUGAUACUGGCAUAUAAACCCUACACAGCCAUGAUACUGACAUAUAAACCCUACACAACCAUGAUACUUACAUAUAAACCCUACCCAGACAUGAUACUGACAUAUAAACCCUACACAGCCAUGAAACUUACAUAUAAACCCUACACAGCCAUGAUACCAACAUAUAAACCCUACACAGCCAUGAUACUGACAUAUAAACCCUACACAACCAUGAUACUGACAUAUAAACCCUACACAGCCAUGAUACUUACAUAUAAACCCAACACAGCCAUGAUACUGACAUAUAAACCCUACACAACCAUGAUACUAACAUAUAAACCUGACACAGCCAUGAUACUGACAUAUAAACCCUACACAGCCAUGAUACUGACAUAUAAACCUGACACAGCAAUGAUACUGACAUAUAAACCCUACACAGCCAUGAUACUUACAUAUAAACCCAACACAGCCAUGACACUUACACAUAAACCCUACACAGCCAUGAUACUGACAUAUAAACCCUACACAGCCAUGAUACUGACAUAUGAACCUGACACAGCCAUGAUACGGACAUAUAAACCUGACACAGCCAUGAUACUGACAUAUAAACCCUACACAACCAUGAUACUUACAUAUAAACCCUACACAGCCAUGUUACUUACAUAUAAACCUGACACAGCCAUGAUACUGACAUAUAAACCUGACACAGCCAUGAUACUGACAUAUAAACCCUACACAGCCAUGAUACUUACAGAUAAACCCUACACAGCCAUGAUACUGACAUAUAAACCCAACACAGCCAUGAUUCUUACACACAAACCUUACACAGCCAUGAUACUUACAUAUAAACUUUACACAGCCAUAUAAAUAUCUGGGCAUUAUUUGUUUCUUCAAGGUUAGUGUUGUCCAAAGCAUGUGAAACUUUACAAGGCUAUAAGGCUAGCUUUCCUGUCCAUAGAUUAUUGAGAACUAUUCCAUCUCUGUCAUUUGAUAUCAUCCAAAGUAUAUUGGUUGCUCGAAUCUUAUUGUAUGGUUCAGAAAUUUGGGGAUUUACGUUUAGGGAGUCUAUAGAAAAGGUACAGAGUAAUUACUUUAAGAGGUGUCUGGGUGUCUCAAGACGCACAUCAAGCAGUGCUUCAUUAGAUAAAGUAGACGGAAGUUAUAUGUGUGUUAAUUAUUAUAGUAGAUGUAUGGUUAUUGGUUCAGAUUUUUUAGGAUAAUUGUAAAAUAAACUGGAUCUCUCACAUUCGUAAGUUAUUAUUUGUAACUGGUUUCUCAUUUGUCUGGAUCACUCAGGAUUGUGGUAAUGUUAAAGCUUUUUUGAGCAUGUUUUCACAGAGAUGUAAAGAUAUAGAGUUGCAGAAAUGGCAUGAUAAGAUAUCAGGUUCCUCUUUUUUAAAUUUGUAUUGUGGUUUCAAACCUAUGAUAGGUGUUUGAAAAGUAUACAAUUGAAUUAUUUCCUUUAAGGAGUUAUUAAGAGUAUAUUGUAAAUUUCUUUGUGCAUCACAUAAGUUGAAAGUGCAGUAUAAAUAGUUUAAAGCAUACGAUGAUCCACAAAUGUUUUAGUACAAACUGUUAUGCACCUACUAUUAAUGAUGAGUUUAAUUUUCUCUUGGAAUGUCUUUAUUUUCCGGACCUGUGAAGAUUCCGUGGUAGACUAGGUCUUCAGCAACCCAUGCUUGCCUUAAAAGGCGACUAUGCUUGUCGUAAAAGGCAACUAACGGAAUCGGGUGGUUAGGCUCGCUGACUUGGUUGAUGUAUGUCAUCGAUCCCAAUUGCUCAUGAUAUUAAUCAUGGAAUAUUGAUGAGUGCGGCGUUAAACAACAAACCAACCAACCAACAUUAUUUUCAGUCAAGUGGAGAAAUGAUUGUGCCUCCCUGUUAUUAUACUAAUCCUUCCAUUCAUACAUUAUCCCAGUUUCUCUCAUCAGUGAAGCCUGCAGUUACUAAAAGUGUAUAUUUAUAUCUAAACAGAAACCUACCCAGAUAAGCACCUUAUUGAUAUAUAUAUGUUAAGAAACAGCACACUUUUUGCAUUUUUGUAUAUGCAGCACUAUGGGCGAUGUGGCCUCAAAUGCCAACUUGUCACUUAAGUGCCUCUCCUGUCUGCAGUAGUUAAGUGACUAUCCCAGAUGGCUAGUAAAUUACCUAUUUCACACAUAAAAUGGCUAUAUAGCAUUAUUUGAUAAUAUGGCAAUAUUCAUUAGUUAUAUUUUGUGACAGGCUAGUUCUUUCUUAAACAAGUUGGCAAUGCUGGACGAUAGGCUAUUUCUUCUGAAUUCUACCACUGUUAUCUGUAUGUAGAUGUACGAAAACAUUUAUCAAAACAUAUGAAUACUCUAGCCAAGGAAAUUAGAAGCUGGUCAAACCUGUCGCUGGCCUGUUUCAGAAUAUACUGACCUGCACUUGGACAGAUGUUUAUGGCCAUAAAUAACUACAAAAAGUCAAAAGAAAUGGGGUCACAAACUUCAUGGGUCAUACUAAAGUACUCACAAAAUGAAAAAAACCUGUUUUUUCGAUCUCAGAUUUUAAAUAAAUGCAGUUGAUAUACAAAAUAUAUAAAUAUUCAAACAACUCAAUUAGUACUAAUUGGGCCUUGGCACAAAUACAGUGUAU